AUGUACGCGGACACCAAGAGCGACAAGCUGGCCCGUCUUGCCAUAGCUCCGAAAAGCCGUUCCAUAUCAAUUCCAGACCUCUCUGAAGACGUGUUCCUCCUCAUAUUACGCGGCAUAUCUGCGUGGGAUGUCGUUACCUGUCAGCGGGUCUCCCGCGCAUGGCGCACGGCAUUCUCCAAGGACGAGUAUAUCCGCUUUGUCUUGCAAUCGUACCGACGAGCGCGGGAAAUCCGAGCCCUGUCGCCCGCAAUGCUCAACUUACAUCCUUCGCCAGAGGCCACGUGCGCAAAUUGGAAACAGACCUUGCUCUCGGUCGCUUCACGUUACCACAACAUCACUCAAGGCAAGACCAGGAAGAUCGACCGCUACCCGAUGGCCCCGCUUGAACAAUUAGGCGACUUCUUUGCCGUGGGCCAAUGGGACUACCACGAGAGUCAGCCCGGGGGUCGUUUGUACUACGAGACUGCCGCCAUGCACUUGAAAAUAGGGGUGAAGCCUUACCUCUUUAGACCUACCCUGUGGUCGUACGACAACGGUCUCUUGGUUUAUGCCCCAGCGAUAGGCGAAGAAUAUGGACAUUUUCCCCAGGUAUUGGCUUUGCUGGAUGUUGAAAUUGGCAAGAAGUAUCCGAUCCCUUUCAAUGCUCGGGACAAGAUCAUUCGCAACCUUCGGCUCAAAGAUCGGACGUUGAUUGUUGAGUGGGCCGAGAAGGAUCCUUUCCACAAUCUGAAUGCGCUGGAGCAGGUCAACAGACAUUUUGCCAACUGUUUCGACGUCCGCCAGGGUGACGACAACAGAGGCUGGGCCGUGACAUGGCGUUCCGAGUGGAAGAUGCAUUUCCUCGGUCUGCCUCCCAACUACCACGACAGGUUCUUCUCCACGCAUAAUGCAACGCACUAUGCCGUGUAUUUCUGGCAGCCCAAUCGAAGUAUGUACACUGGCGACGAGGAGCUUCCAAUCGAGUCGCUCUCGGUGUGGGAUAUUUCCGCUCACUCUUGUUAUCAACCCUCAACGGAUCCCGCCGGGAAACGUCGUCCGCCCGACGAUGCAGGCCCUUAUAUUGUGUCCCGGUUCCCUUUCAAUCAACUGGACUUCUUUGGCAUUCGUCAACGUUCCACCGUGUCACUAAUGUCCUUGCAGCUCGACUCCGAUGCCCUGUCACUAACGGUGCGUGAGAAUGUCGGUGUCGCAGGUCAAGGUUACUUCGACCCAGCAGAGCGCUUGUGGUGCGCAAAGACGACGUCGUUUCCCUUCGUCGGAGAGGGGCCUAGGCUGUACCGGGAAUGGGAUGGCAAUCUUCCUCCCUAUCGCGGGCACUGUAGCAUGGAGAGCGCAGACGUCAAAGAGAGCGAGCGAUGGUUUCUGCCGGUCAUGGACGUGGUCGAUUCGCUGGCCGGCGUCAGAUUGAGCUUGGUCGAGACAUGCUUCUCCGGCCAGAGCAUGGAGAACAAGCUCGUCGUUCGAGCGAAAUUAGAGGAAGGGGAAGAUGGAGAAGAAGGCACUUGGGCGACACUGGGUGAUGCAGUCGCCUCCGAAGUCUCCAGCAUGGGCCGAAUUGCCGGCGACGAACGGUGGCUUAUAGGCCAGAAUGAGCGCAUGGAAGUUGUGGUGCUGAAAUUCUGA